AUGACUACAUUACCCAGAGUGCACUGCGGCGGCGUGACUGCUGCUGCUGUAGUUGUGGUGGACUCGCGCUGUCACAGAAGCUGUCUAUGGUUCCAGUUUAGAUCAUGGACUCUGGCAAUAAUUCCGAGGAGGCAGCUGCCCCCUCAGAGGAUGCUUCAGAAGAGGAACUGCCCUGUCUUCCCCCUGGACUCUCUGAUGGAGAAGCCAUGGAACUCCUUUGGAAGUUGCGAUCACGUCGUCGGCAGUCAUCACCAGAUCUCCCAGAGACCCGAGAGUAGUAAAAAGGAUGUGGCCACAACCAUCAGAGCGGUUCAGCCAGACGUAGUGGUGGUGGAGCUGUGUCAGUACAGAGUGUCGAUGCUGAAGAUGGAUGAAAACACACUGCUGAGAGAAGCCAAAGACAUCAACCUGGAGAAGGUCCAACAGGCCAUUAAGCAGAAUGGACUGAUGUCAGGUCUGAUGCAGAUACUUCUACUCAAAGUUUCAGCACACAUCACAGAACAGUUGGGCAUGGCUCCUGGAGGAGAGUUCCGGGAGGCCUUUAAAGAGGCUGGGCGAAUUCCUUUCUGCAAAUUUCACCUCGGGGACAGACCUAUACCUGUGACAUUCAAAAGAGCCAUUGCUGCACUAAGUUUCUGGCAGAAGGCGAGACUAGCUUGGGGUCUAUGUUUUCUUUCAGACCCUAUAAGUAAAGAAGAUGUUGAAAAAUGCAAACAGAAAGAUCUGCUGGAGCAGACCAUGUCAGAAAUGAUUGGCGAGUUCCCUGCUCUUCACCAAACCAUUGUGGCCGAGAGAGACAUCUACCUCACUCACACACUCAGACAAGCUACGCGUUGUGUGGAGGCGCCCCCUAAUGGCCAAAAAGUUCCUGGUGUUGUUGUGGGAGUCGUGGGAAUGGGCCAUGUCCCAGGAAUAGAAAAGAAUUGGGAGAAUGACCUUGACAUUAGUGAAAUCAUGAGUGUGGCGCCGCCCUCUCGGUUCGGCUGGGUGUUGCAGACUGGUUUUAAAGGCGUCAUAAUGGGUCUUGUGGGAUAUGCUUGCUAUCGAGCUGGAGGGACUUUGGGAAGAAAACUGAUGUCAUUGCCUUCUGUCAAAGCAAUAGCGGAAAACCUGAGACUACCCCAUGACUGA